AUGCGAAGCACGCCUGCCGGGACAUUUGACACGCACACAAUUGCUGCAACGCAACGAAACGAAAAAUCAGACACUUCAUGCUCACUACAGCAGAGAGGCCGUGGUCCUUGCGCAGGCACCAACACGCACGCGAUCGACAUGCAGCAUUUGACGCAACUAAACGCGACUGCAAACGCUUGCACGCCCAAAGUGGAGCAGAGACGCGUUCAGUGGAAAUGGUGGUGGCCAGGCGAGAGUGCACGGUGGCAGCGUCUCGGCUCAAAUCAGUCAAUCAAGGUAGCCGGAUUCGAGCGAUCCUUCGGUAACGUGAGCCCCCGUGUCUGCGAAUCAGUCAAUCUAGAAGCAUAUCGCUUGGUUAAUCGAGGCUCCUUUGAAGAAGAAGAAGACGACGACUACGAGACGAGACUGAACAAAAAUCACUGUUACCGGGCCAAUUACGAAAAUCAUACAAUUACUCCCCUAUAG